AUGACCCAUGAUGUGCCGAAAAAAGUGCUCGUUUCUGGAGCUUCUGGUUUCGUAGCUUUACACACUAUUCAGCAGCUUCUUGAAAAAGGCUGCAUUGUGGUUGGAUCCGUGAGAAGCAUUGAAAGAGGCGAAUACGCAAGAGAGGCUACACAAUACUCCACCAGAUUCACCUACGAGAUAGUGGAAGACAUAGGUAGAAUGGGCGCCUUUGACGAGUUUGUCAAAAAUCACCAGGAUGCAUCCGCUUUUCUUCAUAUGGCAUCCCCAGGGUUUCAUCCAGUCAAAGACAUUGAGAGAGAGCUUCUCAUGCCAGCAAUCCACGGUACUAACAACGCUCUUCUGUCCAUUCGAGAUCACGGUCCAAAUAUAAAAAGAGUGGUUAUCACCUCCUCAUAUGCCGCUAUGGCCUCUGAGAAAAUGGAAAACGAGGCAGGCAGAAUCAUCGACGAAACAUCAUGGAACCCCACUUUCUGGGUUAAUGCUUUGAGAAGCCCCUCUUUAGGUUACUCUGGAGCAAAGACAUUUGCCGAAAAGGUCGCCUGGGAUUUUGCCAAAUUCCAGAAUCGCUCCUUUUCCAUCACAACCAUCAACCCCGUUUGCAUUAUAGGCCCACUGCCUACCGAUUUUGGCGAUACUGAAAAACUCAAGUUUGAGGAGCAUUUAAGCAGUUUCUUGCCUUUGGAGAACACUAGAGCCAUCAGUGCAUUUGGAGUGGACGUGAGAGACGUUGCAAAAGCACAUAUCGUGGCUUUUGAAAAGGAAGAGGCCAAAAAUAGAAGGUUGUUUUUGGCAGCUGGUCCGAUCUCUGAACAGGCCAUUUUUGAAGCACUUCGACUGAAUUUUCCUGGGUUUUCGGCUCUGCUACCGGUGGGGUACGCUGAAUCAGGCAGAAAAGAGCAAAUUCAAAAAGCCGGUUUUGACAUUUCAGCGACGAGACUGAUUCUAGGGUUCGAUUUCAUCCCCGUGCAGCAGUCUAUCAUAGAUAGCGCUCAGCAGGUGCUUACGGCGACGAAAUCAAAGGGAGAGACAACGUAA